GCCGGAAGUGUAGUUUUUCGCGGAAGCGUCUCGUUGUUGUGGCGGGUAAGUUUGUCUCUGCUGUGACGGAGCUUUAGCGUUUUAACCCGGAUUAAAGCGACCGGUACCCGCGGCCGGUAGUGUGAGUGUUGGACCGGAGAGCCCGGAGCCCGGAGCGGUACACCGGGACCGUCUGUAGUCAGUCUGUCGAGGUCAUGUUUCUCCAGAAUGAACGCCGUCUCCAAACGCCUCAAACUCAGCCAGUCUAAACCGCCACCCGGCGCCGCACGGAGCCUCAGACCGCCACGCUCCGGUCCACUGCUCAGCUCCCAUGAUGCUUUGCUGCUGCCGCCUCCUGCAGGGGGCGGAGCUCCGGAGGAGGAGGAGGAGUUCCUGCUAGUGGAGGAAGACACCACUGACUCCAGCCUCAUCAUCACCAUGGAGGAGAGUCAGGAGGAGGUGAAGGCAGCGAGGAGGAGAGCGGUGAGGAAGAGGAAGAAGAAACUGAUGGAGGAUGGAAGGGGCGGAGCCUCAGAGAGUGAGGAGGAGGGGGCGGGGCCAGAGGUGGAGAUUGACAGGCAGCUCGACCAAUCACUGGAGACCAAGUCCAAACAGCACAACCUGACCACCGUGAACGUCCGAAACAUCAUCCACGAAGUCAUCACCAACGAACACGUAGUGGCCAUGAUGAAAGCUGCCAUCAACGAGACGGAGGCCGUCCCUGCGUUUGAGCCGAAAAUGACUCGAUCCAAGUUUAAAGAAGUCGUGGAGAAAGGAGUGGUGAUUCCAGCCUGGAAUAUUUCUCCCAUCAAGAAGACGAAUGACGUCAACAAGGCUCCCCAGUUCGUGGACAUCCCUCUGGCUGAGGAAGACUCCUCUGAUGAAGAGUACCAUCCUGAUGAGGAAGAGGAGGAUGAGACGGCUGAAGAUACCUUCCAGGAGAGUGACCUGGAGAGCACAGCUUCGUCUCCCAGAGGAAGCCGCCUGAACAGAGGGGAGGAGGACAGCUGCAGUCCCUGGCAGUCCUGUCGGAGCCGCUCCAGGCGUUUCAGGGCGGGGGCCGUCUCCAUGGGACCCCCCCCUCCUCCCAAAGCUGCUCCUCCCAAAGUGGUCGCUGACAGCGCCUUCCUGGAGAAACUGCACGCUGUGGAGGAGGAGCUGGCUGUGUGCUUGGAGCCCUACCAGCCUCUGUCUGAGUCUCAGGACGAGGUGGGUCUGAUGGCGUACCGGACUCGGUCCAAGCGUCCUUUACGGGACGUCCCGCUGGGCCAGCUGGAGGCGGAGCUCCGAGCUCCUGACAUCACACCUGAUAUGUACGACUCAAGCUCCGCCCACGAGGACAGGGACUGGACUGAUUGGCUGAGAGGCCUGAUGACCUCAGACAUGGAAAACGAAGAGGAGUGUGAUGAUGAAGAUGAUCCAGAGUACAACUUCCUGGGAAUCGAUGAACCAGAUGUGGAGGAUUACCGUGACGACAAGGCUGUCCGCAUCACCAAGAAGGAGGUCAACGAGCUGAUGGAGGAGCUGUUUGAGACGUUAAAAGAAGACCUGGCAGGACAGGAAGUGGACGAUGAAGGCCACGAGGAAGAGGAGGAGCCUCAGCCUGUUCAAACACACACACCUCAGGAGCAGCACCACAC